AUAGCUUGCAUGCAGUUUUUCUCAUUUGCUAUGUGUCAAUUCUUAAAUAAUGGUUAAAGUUUUAAAAACCUUUUGAAAUUCUUUAAAACACUUUGAUACAUAUGCACAUCAGAAAGCAUAUUUGUCUUUUUCUUCUGUAAAUCAUUUGAGAAAUGAGCCGUGCUGGUUUAGAGCCAAAGGGUUAAAGGGUCUUUUGAGUGGAGUUUGUCUUUGUUUGGACUGUGUGAGUUCCCGGUAGUCUAACUUCCUCCCACGGUCAUGUCAUGUCUCUCGCCCUCUCCAUCUUUUCUUUUUGUCUUGUUCCCGUGUCAGUUUCACCCUCUUUCCCAAUGUCAAGCUCGUGUGUCUUAGUCUGUGUCUUUGUAUGUGACUUCUUAGAUCUUCAUUCAGAUCUUUGGACUUUCCCAUUUUUUUUUAAAUAUUGGCUAAUCUGAUGAGCGCUGUGAAACAAGUGCUGACAGACAUAAAGUACCAGUUCUAGUCAAUCAUGUUCACACAUGAAAAGGUGACUUUGUCAUUAAGCACCACUUACUAAAAGAAUUAAGUGUGUGUAUAUUGAACCUGAAAGUAUUCUUUUGAUCCAGUGCAGAUUUGAGAACAUCGAAAAUAAAUUCAAAUUUGUGCAACCAAUAACUGUUUAUGAAAUGAAUAAAGAUGUAAGAUUAAGAUUACAGAUUAAAGUGAUUCCACUGUGGAAACAAAACAUUUCAAAGAAAUCAUUAAAAGCCUAACAUUACCAUGUCAUUCUUGGCAAUGUUGAGUUUGUGGAAACUUCUGUCCAAAGCAGUCGCUGUUUUCAAUCAGUGCAGUGGUAGAAAAGGUUUCAACAUCUAUUUUGAAACCAUCGAUUUUCUCACACUGCAUGUACUGCAUGUCAACUGAUGUGUCUCAACCUGAUGUUUUUGAAGCUGCAGCUGCUGCUACUCUCAGCAUCCAUCCCAGCAGGUCAGUCUUCUUUUAUUAUGAAACUGUGACUCUGAGCUGUGCAGUGCCAGGUAAUUUCACUGGCUGGACAGUGAAGAGAAACACCUCCACAAGAUCUUCUCUUUCAUGUGAGACCUGGGGCCAAUUACAUGGGUCAUCCUGCACCAUCAAAGGUGUCUACCCAUCAGACAGUGGAGUGUACUGGUGUGAGUCUGACAGCGGGGAGUGCAGCAACACCAUCAACAUCAGAGUGGCAACUGGUGUGAUCCUGCAGGGCCCUGCUGUUCCUCUGACUGAGGGAGACAGUGUGACACUAAACUGCUCCUAUAAGGAAAAAUAUGCAAAGGAGUCUACGUCCAAUUUCAAUGCUGUUUUCUACAGAAAUGGUGCUUUUAUUGGAAAUAAGUCUGAAGGAAGGUUUAGCUUUAUCCAUGUGUCCAAGGAGAACGAAGGCUUCUACAAGUGUGAACAUCCAACAAAAGGAGAGUCACCAGAGAUUUGGCUGGAAGUGAGAGGUGAUGAUGAUGAUCAUCAUGAUGGUGAUGAUAAUGAUAACACUAACAACCCUGUUAGUGUCGGUGCCAUUGGUGUCAUUGUUGGUGGUGUUGUCAUCACUGUCAUCACUGUCAUUGCUCUCAUUGCUUGGUGCAAAUUCUAGAAACUUUGGCAAAAGUGAAGACAAAAUAGAGGACAAAGCAAUCAUCCAAACAAUGGGCAAGCAGAACCACAACAAGAAGAGAUUCCACUGAGAGAAGAGCAAGAACAGCCAAACUGACAGCUUGUCCAACAGCUUGGUCUCACAGCAGAAUGUAAAUUUAUCUCAAAAGAACUGUGUGUUGGUUUUUGGUCAUGGACAUUUUUUUAAGUUAACAAUACAUAUGUGUUUAGAGACAUUUGAUAUGGUUGUGCAAGAAACAUCUCCUCGAUGCACUGGCAUGCAUCUUUAGUGAUGUAUCCUGGGGUCAUUAGGCAUUUUGGAUAUUGCAACAUCAUACACGCAGCCGGGGGUGAUCCCCACGGAUCAGCCCUCUUAAUUCACAGCCACCUUGUGGCUUUCCCUGCCGCUUCACUUACAGCCUGGAUGGCCCUCUUCUUCAUUGCAUCAGCCACACCCAGCUGGUCAAGGACUUUGCAGAGUGAUCGUCCUGCAAAGCCCCUACAACCCACUACUAUGGGCUCAUAGAAUGUCUCCCACCCCCUUCCCCUGCACUCCUGCACUAGUUCCUGGUACUUGGCGCGUUUCCUCUCGUUGGCCUCCUCGAUCCGCUCUUCUCAGGGCACUCUGAGUUCCAGCAUGAUCAGAUGACAACCUGGCAAAUAAAAAAUAAAAACUGAAAAUAUACACACACACACACACACACACACACACACACACUUGUUAUUAAUUAAGAUAUUGAAGUGUAAAAAUUUCUUCCAUUUGGACCUCUACUUUCAGAAUUUUUAGUCCUUAAAAACUGGACAUGAAAAAAAAUCUUGAUGAUGUUUCUGAAAACAAAGAUGAGGCAGUUUAUGACAAGUAACACAACAAAACUGGAGUGUGUGUCCACAAACACUCAUUGGGUUAUUUUAUGGAGUAUUUCUCAUGUGAAACCUUGAAACUGCUAGAUAGAUCCUUGGUGUUUGCUUUAUCCUUGUUGUUAGGGUUACAUUGUUGAUUGUCAUUUAUGCUUAGAAAUAUGUACUCAUAAAUGCUUAGAGUUUUAUAAUCGAUUGCAUAAUGAUAGAGGCUUGCUACCCAGAGCACUCUGGCAUACCCACACAUCUUAAGGUCAUGAGAGAGGUCGUACCUUCUCUUAUUGAUUUAUGGUAUAGGAAGACACCUACUCUGUAUCUGUUUAAGUACAAGUGCCUUUUGUUUAGGUGGACCGCUGGACUCCUGGCACUGGCUUCGGGGAGUCUUCACAGGGUCACAUCUUGACCCCCCCCCCCCCCCCACACACACACACACACACACCCACACACAUACCUAUACGACACACAGACAAGGUACUCUUUGUUCACAUGUAUCCCUAUGUAAGACGUCAUGGGUUAAUGAACGUAUGCAUAUUCAUGUAACGACAAUAAAGAGAAGUGCUACGAGGGAGCAGACGAGAGCAAGUGGGGUCAAGCGAAGGAACGGCGCUCGUCACUGUUCUCUCCCUCGUGCACAAGUAAC